UCACCAUGAAGACCUUAGUGGUGCUAUCGGCUUUAGUGUGUAUAGCCAUAGCUGCACCAGCACUCCAGGAGGAUGGGUUCCAAACUCUGGAUACGCCCGAAAACAUCCCUCUCAACUUCGAUUCUGAAAUCACUGAUCCUGGGGUCUCAGCGAGGAGUCAUUUUGGUCAGAAGAGGCCCAUCAUAGUCAAGAAGAAAACCGGAUACCACUUGUACCGCGACUCCACUGAAGAACGAGCUAAUGCUGAACCUCACGAGAGAUGCUCACAACACCUUCGUGUCAAAGUAUGUGACGAGAACGUUGCUAAAUCAGCUGACUUAAGGAGAUCAACCAAGAUUGAAGACAUUGACGCACAUAAGGAUAAUGUCGAGGAGAGCAUCAAGAUUGCAAAGGAGGCCGUUGAAAGCUUACAGCAUGACUUGAGAAAUAUCGAGCAUAGCCCCAGCGCCAAGAACGCUCAGUGGAAACACAAAGUGUCUCCCAAGAACGUGCACGAAGAUGCUGCAGGCGUGAAACACUCGUCGCGUCAUAUGCAAACAAACUUCGGUAACCUGGAGUCAAUGAGCCUGCGAGCUACCACUUUGGGGGACACAGAAGCAUUACAUGCAAUGAACAAAGGCAAAUUGGAAGAAGAGAGGCUAUCUCAAUGGAAGGAAGCCAUGGAGAACAUACAAAGGAAUGUUGAGAUAGCAAGAAACAUCGAAGAUAGUUUCAGAUCCGGCUCCAACUUCCCACCAGUCGACACAUCUCAUCUGAUGAGGAGCAAUAAUCAAGAACAUACUUCUCAUUUCCACAAAGAUACCACAAAAAGCCUUACAUCUAGCAGAGCAUCUGAUAACAUGAACCAAAAGACGAUGGAAACGAAAUCAGACCAUAUCGCACAUGAUAUGAAAACAGCUGCUUCAGAAGUAACACCUAUGAAACAUGACCAAUUCCACCAAGCCACUCACAAUACUCAAGCAAGUAAAGGCAAGUUGGCCGAAAUUUCCUUGAAUAUUGAAAGCCAACCUCUCAGCCUGCAACACAGUGGCCACGUUGAGUUGACCAAAGGAAAAAGUGUUGAAUUGGGUACUUCAUUAAGAACAUCUCAACCUGGACUUAGAAUGGAACAGCCUCAUGCAACAUCGAUGUCAUUGAAAACGGAAAUUGCUGGCAGUGGUCAUGAGAUUAAUGAUAAUAAGGAAUCAACUUUACGGACAUCAGAAUGGGAUACCAAAUCUACCGAUGAACUCGUGAAACAAGAAAAGAGUGCUUGGACUGAGACUGAAAAUAAAGAACCAAUGAUGAAGUCCGCAGAACACAAGAAAAUAGCUUUGAACGCUAAUUUGAACGUGGCUAUUCCGAAAUCCGUUGAGCAGAACAAACAUUUUGACAAUGAUGCUGAAUUUAUCCAGAAGUCUGGAUUGACUGUCCAAAGCAAUAUGAAAUUAGCAGACAAUGCUGAGUUGAGUAGUGACAUCGGUCUAAAGGGUUUGGCUGAUCUGAAAAAUGAAAAGACUACCUUGGGAAAAUCGGUGGACCUGUGGGAUGACAAUGACAAGCUGAGACACGCUCAUCAUGAACUUGCGCAUGCUCACGCCCACGCCCAUGCUCAUGCCGCGGCCCAUGCUCUUGCUCACGGUCAUGGACUUCAUAACAUACAUUCAACUGGACCAUUGAUUGUCAGUCACCCACAUCACGGCGGUCUAUUACAUCAUGGAGGUCAUCACGGUGGUCUACAUCAUGGAAAGUCAGCGGAGGACUCUAUUCAUAGCGAUAUGAAAUCAUCAGACAAUGCUGCGUUUGCCAGUGAUAUCAAUAUAAAUGGUCCAGUUGCUUUAAACGAUGAUAUGUCGCAGUUAGGAAAAUCUAUUGAUUUGGUGGAUGACUUGCACAUGGAUCAGUUGAGAAGCGCUCACGAACUUGGCCAUGAUCAAGCACACGCUCACGCUCAUGCCUCUGCUCACGCUCAUGCUGUUGGGCAUACGCAUGGUCCUGGGCUCCACCACGUGCACAAACCUGCACCAUUGGAACUUUCAUUCAACAAACCCUUGAUAAUUGGCGGUCACAAACAUCACGGCGGUGCCUUACAUCACGGGAAAUCAGCGGAGGAAGAUAAUCUCAUGAACCCAAGCAUACAAACGAAUAUCAGAGAGUUUGCGGAGAAGUCUGCCAUGGAUAACAAGUUAUUCCAGUGGAAGCAUCAUGAUACAGCAAGGUCGUAUGGAGCUGGUCUAGGUUAUGGCAGUGGAUUGAGCCUUUCUGCUGGCGGUGGCGGAUCUGCCGUUGGUGUGUUCCCUAAUGCCAAGAUUGGAGGCUGUGGCAUCCCAUUGUUGCUGAGCUGCUCCCCUUCAGUUGCAUCAGGCAGCUUGAUCAAGUCACAUGGCUAUGCUGCUCCAGCAUACAGAGCUGAAGAAGACUUGAAAUUCAAGCACAAGCGUGACAUCAUCAAGACUAAGGAGGAACCAAGCAAAUUCAAGCACUCAACUAAAACUUUCCAGACCCCACCAAAAACUAGCGAGAAGAAACUGUAAAUAAUGACGAAA